UAAUAGGACCGUUCAAAAGCUACUUCAAUAUUUUCUUGUAAUGCUAUUAGUCUAGUGAUAUGUGUUUACUCGUAAUAAUUUACCACAAUAAUUGAAUGCAAUAAUAUAUAUUAUACACCAACAUUAUCAACUUGGUAUCCAAACAAAUUUAUUGUUGAUAUUGUCAUUGCGUCGAUAAGAACGUGACAUGUUUCUCGAUAUUUGCUUUGUCGAUAUUUAUUAAUAUCAUCCUAUCCUAAUUUCUUAAAUGAGAAAUGUAACGUUGGCUCUAUUGAGCGCAAAAGAGGGAAGUAAGAACAAUGCCAGUUCAACAGAUAAACGUAAAAAAUUCAUCUGAUAUUGAAAGUUGGGAAUGGGGCGGAGGAUGUGGCAGAGAAGCAGUUCGAACUGGCUCGGGCAGCAGCCGCACAUCUUGCAGCAAUUCUAGCGGAGACAUAUGCCGUAUAUGCCACUGCGAAAGUGAAGUACACAAUCCAUUGCUAGCACCAUGCUAUUGUUCAGGCAGCCUCAAAUUCGUACAUCAAAGUUGUUUACAGCAAUGGCUGACUGCAUCUGAAACUAGGUCCUGUGAGCUUUGCAAAUUCAAUUUCAUCAUGCACACCAAAAUAAAGCCAUUUAACGAGUGGCGUCUAUUAGAAAUGUCAGGCGUGGAACGACGUCGGCUGUGCUGUGCUGUGCUGUUCCAUUGCGUGGCCGCGCUAUGCGUCAUGUGGUCGUUGUUCGUACUUAUUGAACGAGCAGUUGAAGAGGUGAAUCGAGGUUUAAUCGCGUGGCCGUUCUGGACGAAAUUGGUAGUGGUUGCAGUGGGCUUCACUGGCGGUGCGGUGUUCAUGUAUAUACAGUGUCGGCAGUAUCUGCAUCUGUGUAAUCGCUGGCGGGCCCACAAUAGAAUACUACUAAUACAAAACGCGCCGGAGAAGAUACCGAUGAAUGGUUCGCCGCCGGUGCGCGUGAAGCGACGCGAGCGGUCCGCGCGCGGGCAGGUGGUGGCCAACAUCGAGCCGCCGCCGCCGCCGCCGCCCGCCGCCUACCACGAGGAGGACGAGAGCGGCGGCUUCGAGACCUACCGCCCCAACCCGCUGCGGCGCCUCUCCGCGCGCCGCGACUCGCUGCGGCCCGACGACGACGCGCGCCGCUCCUCCGACUCGCGGCUCGUGCAGCCCGACGCCGACCUCGACGCCGGAGUGUACCACAUCAGCGUGGAUCCGCUGGAGGCGGACAUCCGCUCUCUGCUGGAGCUGGAGGCGCGGCGGCAGGCCCGCGCGGCGCGCUCGUUGCCCAACUUGCGCGCCAGCCGCGAGAGCCUGCUGCCGGCGACGCCGCCCGCGCCCGCCCCGCCCGCGCCCGCGCCCGCGCCGCUCGCCGCCGCUCCGAUGACGAUGCCCGUGCUGUCUAAAGUGUGA